UUCAUCCAUCGACCCAUAUCAGAUUCAGAACUAGCCUUUCUGAAAUGGCAGCGAUUUACAGCCUCUACAUCAUCAACAAAUCAGGCGGCUUGAUCUUCUACAAGGACUAUGGAUCGGCGGGACGGAUGGACACCAACGACAGCUUGAGGGUUGCGAGCUUGUGGCACUCAAUGCACGCCAUUUCCCAGCAAUUGUCCCCGGUUACCGGUUGCUCCGGCAUCGAGCUACUCCAAGCUGAUACCUUUGAUCUUCACUGCUUCCAGUCACUCACCGGGACAAAGUUCUUUGUUGUGAGUGAGCCUGGUACGCAGCACAUGGAAGGUCUGUUGAAACAUAUCUAUGAGCUCUACACUGAUUAUGUCUUGAAGAACCCCUUUUAUGAGAUGGAGAUGCCUAUCCGGUGUGAACUCUUUGAUAUUAACUUAACACAGGCAAUACAAAAGGAUCGUGUUGCCUUAUUGGCCCGAUGAUCUAUCGUAUCUGUUACUUGAUCUGUGCUCCUUUAGAUGUAUAUCUUCUGAGCAAUCGUGAAUGCAACACAUUAGAUGUGUUGUUUGACUUGAGCAUGUCUUCAGUGUUCUGCUCGGGGUUUGUGUUGAACUGUUGUAUCUUAAUUAUGAUUGUGUUUAUUGUUUUCAGAAGUUUUUUCCUCUUCUAAUUCAUUUCUGAAAAUCAAUAGCCGAUUUGUGAGUUCCA